AUAUAUAUAUAUAUAUAUAUGUAUAUAUAUAUUGUUUGUUGAACGUUUUGGCUUUCAGAGCUGAGCAUUAGCGCGCACCGACUGAAUGCAAGGGAUAUUCAGACACACGCCGACCCGUUCCUUGAUUGUCGCCGCCCCACAUAGUACAUAGGCAAAACUUAUAUACGUGUACGUGUGUGAGUGUGUGUACGUCGCGUCGCGAUUCGCGCGAGUGUGUGUGCGUGUGCGUGCGUGAAAAUGGGCACAGUGAAAAAUUGUUAAACAAAAUGCCAAAAUAAUUCCUAUCACAAAAAUAAAUCCAUUCCAACUGCAGGAAAUCGUAAUACCAAAACGCCGUUGGCAAAAUCAUAAAUAGAAAUUAUCAUAUAUAUAUACACAUAUAUAUGCGCGUGUGUGUGUAUAUAUGCAUACCAAUUUGUGUCGUUUAUUGUGCAUAAUAAAAGAAGCAGUAAUGGUGCCAGCCAGUUGUGUUUAGCAGUGAUUGCAAAACUAAACAAAGCGAACGGAAAAACUUCGCCGCUCACUGAAAAGCAGCUAAAAUCAAAUAGCAAAGAAAGCAAAGAAAAUCAAUAAAUUUUGGAUUAGUAGCUGUUGUUGCCAUUUCGGCAAAAACUAAGGACUCAAAACAAAACCUGCAGCAGCAACAAUGAAACAACAACAACAACAAUGAUGAUGUACUGAGCAAGCCAGCAAUAAACAAUAAGGGUAUUCCUAUAUACGUAUAUAUAUUAUAUAUAUAUAUAAAAACAAAUGCAAACUCAAUGAAUAAUUCGGGCGUAACGUGUAAAACCAACAAUUAAAACGACAAAAGCCGAACAGGGUCCACGUGGUGUUCAAUUUAAUAAUUAACUGAGCAGCACAGAGGCGGCGAGGCAACAAUAGCAACAGCAAUUGUUGCAAGUGCAACAGCAGUCGCAGUAGCAACAGGAGCAACUGCAGCAAGCAGUCAACGCGUGCCCCCAGUCAAAAUGGCGGCACGACGUUGCCCGUUGGCGCCCCCUGGGCGAGGUGGCCAACCGCAAAGGCAACGUAAUACGAGUAUCCGGCGUACAACAGCAACAGCAACAGCAACAGCAACAACAUUGCUGCUGUCAUUGGCCAUGCUGCCAUUGCUGGCAACAGCGGCAACAGCAGCAACCGGCAGCAGCAGGAGCCACGAGCAGCAGGCUGGCAGCUACGCCGGCUUGAGCGCAGAGAAUGCAGCCAGAAUGUUGGCGGGCACUCCCGGGGAGACGGAGAGCAAUGUUCGGCUUGGGGUCGUCGAUGAAGUCGGGCACAGCGAGCUGUCGCUGGUGCUGCCCCACGACACCUAUCCGGGCUUUAGCAUCAAGAAAUUUAAGACGCGUCCACUGCAACUGGCCAACAACGGCAGCGCUCAUCAUGGUGGGGCUGGUGCGACGGCUGCAGCCUAUCAUAUGCUGGACAGCGAUUACUCCAAGUACUUCACAGUGCUGGACGAUGGCGUGGUGAUGACCACGGCGGACAUAUCGCCGCUUGUGAACCGGCCCGUGCAGCUGGUGGUCGUCGAGCAGACACCGAAUGCCACCAAUACGCACAAUCUGCAGCUAUUCGUGAUGCAUCGCAAGGACAUGCUGCGCUUCUCGGGCUCCCUGCUGGACGCCAGUGGUGAGGUGCGCGAAAAUCAUCCGGCGGGCACACGUGUGCGCGGAGUGCCCCUAAUGCAGGCCUUCAGCGGCUCCAUUGUGGACGAGGAGCUGGCCAAGCCGAAGAAGGUGCGCUACACCAUCAUCGAUGGCAAUGAGGACGAUGCCUUUGCGCUGCAGGAGCGUCGGGCCAAUCAAAAUGUUCAGGUCAAUGCCAAAUCGCUGACAAUCGAGGGCGACGAUGAGUCGGGCGUGUGGCUGGUCACGAAUCGUCCAUUGGAUCGCGAGCAGCGCGCCCACUAUGAUCUCUCCGUGGAGGCCUCCGAUGUGGAGGGACUGGAUAAGACGGUGUCCAAGAUACAGAUAACUGUGCUGGACGAGAACGAUAAUCGGCCGGUGUUCAAGUCGCAGGAUUACAAAUUCGCCAUUGCGGGCAAGAAGUCACAGAAUAUGGAGAGCAACAACAGCGUUACCUGGGAUCGAUUCGCCAUCCUGGGCAAGGUGGAGGCCGUCGAUGCCGAUGGCGACAAGAUUGCCUAUCGCCUGAAAUCGCCCAGCAAUGUGGUCAUCAUUGUGCCGCAGACGGGUGAACUGAUGCUCGCCGGCGAGCCAACGUCCAAUGAGCUGCUGCUCGAGGUGAUUGCCCAUGAUUUGCGCUAUCCCAGCCUGCUGAGCGCGCAGCCAGCGAAGGUGCUGGUCGAGUUCUUGGCGCCUGAGCCCGUGUCGUUUAUAAUGCAACACCUGGAGCACGAUGCCAUCAAUGAGCAUUCGCAUCAUCGUGAGAAGCGACGCGUGACACGCGCUGUACGGCCCACCAAGCGCAUUGAGUUCACUGAAGCCGAUGGCGAUACGGAGGGCAAGUCUGUGUUUCAGCUCGAGAAGGAAACGGACAAGGAAACGUUCAAAAUACGCGACGAUAAUCCCUGGGUGACGGUCGAAACAAAUGGAGCGGUGCGCGUCAAAAAGAAGUGGGACUACGAGGAGCUCGGACCGGAUAAGACUAUCGAUUUUUGGGUCAUCAUCACGAACAUGGGACACAAUGCUGGCAUCAAGUACACGGACAACCAGCGUGUGAUUAUACUGGUGAAGGAUGUCAAUGACGAGCCGCCCUACUUCAUCAAUCGGCCACUGCCCAUGCAGGCGGUAGUGCAGCUAAAUGCACCGCCCAAUACGCCAGUCUUUACGCUGCAGGCACGCGAUCCGGAUACGGAUCACAACAUACAUUACUUCAUAGUGCGCGAUCGCACCGGCGGACGCUUCGAGGUGGACGAACGAUCGGGCGUGGUGCGCACACGGGGCACAGAUCUCUUCCAGCUGGACAUGGAGUAUGUGCUGUACGUGAAGGCCGAGGAUCAGAAUGGCAAAGUCGACGAUCGACGAUUCCAGAGCACGCCCGAGGAGCGACUCUCGAUCGUGGGCGGCAAGCGAGCGCCGCAGUUCUAUAUGCCCGGCUAUGAGGCCGAGAUACCAGAGAACCAGAAAAAGGACUCCGACAUCAUUUCGGUUAAGGCCAAGUCCUUUGCGGACAGAGAGAUACGGUAUACGCUGAAGGCGCAGGGCCAGGGCGCUGGCACCUUUAACAUUGGACCCUCAUCGGGCAUUGUCAAGCUGGCCAAGGAACUGGACUUUGAGGACCUGCGACAGCCGCAUGUCUAUACGCUGAUUGUGACAGCCACCGAGGACUCGGGCGGCUUCUCCACAUCCGUCGAGCUAACCAUACGUGUGACCGACGUCAACGACAAUGCGCCCAAGUUCGAGCUGCCCGACUAUCAGGCGCACAAUGUCGACGAGGAUAUACCGCUGGGCACCAGCAUACUGCGCGUGAAGGCCAUGGACGCGGACUCGGGCGCCAAUGCGGAAAUCGAAUACCUCGUCUCGGAUGAUCAUUUCGCUGUCGACUCGAAUGGCAUCAUUGUGAACAACAAGCAGUUGGAUGCGGACAACAACAAUGCCUACUACGAGUUCAUAGUCACGGCCAAGGACAAGGGCGAGCCGGCCAAGUCGGGCACAGCCACCGUGCGCGUCUACACCAAGAACAAGAACGACGAAGAGCCCAAGUUUUCGCAACAAGUUUAUACGCCCAAUGUGGACGAGAAUGCGGGUCCGAAUACUUUGGUCACCACUGUCGUGGCCUCCGACAAGGAUGGCGACAAUGUGCGCUUCGGUUUUGUCGGCGGUGGCACUUCAUCCGGCCAGUUUGUCAUCGAAGACAUUACGGGCGUGAUACGACUCCAUAAUAAAGCCAUCUCCCUCGAUCGCGAUAAGUAUGAGCUAAAUGUUACGGCCAUGGACGAUGGCAGCUGUUGCGUCAACGGCGAUCAGACCAUACACACCUCCACGGCCGUUGUGGUUGUCUUCAUCACGGACGUGAACGAUAAUAAGCCCGUGUUCAAAGACUGCGGCACCUACUAUCCCAAAGUGGAGGAGGGGGCGCCCAAUGGCAGUCCAGUUAUCAAGGUUGUGGCUACAGAUGAGGAUAAGGGCGUCAAUGGACAGGUUAAAUACUCGAUAGUGCAGCAACCGAAUCAGAAGGGCACCAAAUUCACCGUCGACGAGGAGACGGGCGAAGUCUCUACCAACAAGGUGUUCGAUCGUGAGGGAGACGAUGGCAAGUUCGUCUCGGUGACAGUGAAGGCCACCGAUCAGGGCGAUCCCAGCCUGGAGGGCGUCUGCUCGUUCACAGUGGAGAUAACCGAUGUGAACGAUAAUCCGCCGCUGUUCGAUCGACAGAAAUAUGUGGAGAAUGUGAAGCAGGAUGCCAGCAUUGGCACGAACAUCUUGCGUGUCUCCGCCUCCGAUGAAGAUGCUGACAACAAUGGCGCCAUUGUCUACAGCCUCAGUGCACCCUUCAAUCCCAACGAUCUGGAAUAUUUCGAUAUACAAGCCGAGUCCGGUUGGAUAGUGCUCAAGAAGCCGCUUGACCGCGAUCGUUAUCGUCUACGAGUGCGCGCCUCCGAUCGCGGGGAUCCGCCCUCAUAUGCCGACGUUGAUGUUGAGUUAGAUGUCGUCGAUCGUAAUAAUAAGCCACCCAUUUGGGAUAAGAGCAUUUAUGGGCCAAUCCAUAUACGUGAGAAUGUCACUGUGGGUACGGUUGUAACAUCGGUUAAGGCAAGUUCCGGCAUCGAGGGCAAUCCAACGGUGUUCUAUAGGCUAAUGCCAGGGUCCACGGCGCAGACGAACAAAUUUCAUACGUUCUAUCUGCAACAGAGACCGGACAACGGCGACACGUGGGCCGACAUAAAAGUCAACCAUCCGCUGGACUACGAGAGCAUCAAGGAAUACAAUCUGACCAUACGCGUGGAGAACAAUGGCGCCCAGCAAUUGGCAUCGGAAGCGACCGUUUACAUAAUGCUCGAGGAUGUUAAUGACGAAAUACCGUUAUUCACUGAACGCGAACAGGAAACGGUGCUGGAGGGCGAGCCGAUUGGCACCAAAGUGACGCAAGUGAACGCUAUUGACAAGGAUGGCACAUUCCCAAAUAAUCAGGUCUACUAUUACAUCGUCGACUCGCCACGAAACGAGGGCAAAGAAUUUUUCGAAAUUAAUUUGCAAAGCGGCGAAAUCUUUACCAAAACCGUGUUCGACAGAGAGAAGAAGGGCGCCUACGCCCUCGAGGUAGAGGCACGCGACGGUGCCCCAUCGGCGCGACCCAACAGCAAUGGACCCAAUUCAGUCACCAAAUUCAUACGCAUUGGCAUUGCCGAUAAGAACGAUAAUCCACCCUAUUUCGACAAGUCGCUGUACGAGGCCGAAGUAGAUGAGAAUGAGGAUAUUCAGCAUACAGUGCUCACUGUGACGGCCAAGGAUCACGAUGAGUCCUCACGUAUUCGCUAUGAAAUCACCAGCGGCAACAUCGGCGGCGCUUUUGCGGUUAAAAAUAUGACGGGUGCCAUUUAUGUGGCCGGCGCAUUGGAUUACGAAACGAGACGCAGGUACGAGCUGCGCUUGGCUGCCUCCGAUAAUCUGAAGGAGAACUAUACGACAGUCAUCAUACAUGUCAAGGAUGUUAACGAUAAUCCGCCAGUAUUCGAGCGGCCCACAUAUCGCACACAGAUCACCGAAGAGGACGAUCGCAAUCUGCCCAAACGUGUUCUGCAGGUCACCGCCACCGAUGGGGACAAGGAUCGUCCACAGAAUAUUGUCUAUUUCCUAACUGGCCAAGGCAUAGAUCCCGAUAAUCCCGCUAAUAGCAAAUUCGACAUUAAUCGCACAACAGGCGAAAUAUUCGUGCUUAAGCCUUUGGAUCGAGAUCAACCGAAUGGACGGCCGCAAUGGCGUUUCACAGUCUUUGCCCAGGACGAAGGCGGCGAGGGACUCGUGGGCUAUGCUGACGUGCAGGUGAAUCUGAAGGACAUCAAUGACAAUGCGCCCAUCUUCCCGCAAGGCGUUUACUUUGGCAAUGUAACGGAGAACGGAACCGCCGGCAUGGUGGUGAUGACAAUGACUGCGGUGGACUACGAUGAUCCGAAUGAGGGCUCGAAUGCACGUCUGGUGUAUUCGAUAGAGAAGAACGUGAUUGAGGAGGAGACAGGAUCGCCCAUCUUUGAGAUAGAGCCGGAUACGGGUGUGAUCAAGACGGCUGUGUGCUGCCUGGAUCGUGAGCGCACGCCGGAUUAUUCGAUACAAGUCGUUGCAAUGGAUGGCGGGGGGUUAAAGGGCACGGGCACGGCGUCUAUACGUGUCAAGGAUAUUAACGACAUGCCGCCGCAGUUCACCAAGGACGAAUGGUUCACGGAGGUGGACGAGACAGACGGCACCGCGCUGCCCGAAAUGCCCAUCCUGACAGUCACAGUGCACGACGAGGACGAGACGAACAAGUUCCAAUACAAAGUUAUCGAUAACAGCGGCUAUGGCGCCGAUAAGUUUACCAUGGUGCGGAACAACGAUGGCACCGGCUCGCUGAAGAUUGUGCAGCCGCUCGAUUACGAGGAUCAGCUGCAGAGCAACGGCUUCCGCUUCCGCAUACAGGUGAACGACAAGGGCGAGGAUAACGAUAACGAUAAAUAUCACGUGGCCUACUCGUGGGUCGUGGUCAAACUGCGCGACAUCAACGAUAACAAGCCGCACUUUGAGCGCGCCAAUGUGGAGGUGUCCGUGUUCGAGGACACCAAGGUGGGCACCGAGCUGGAGAAGUUCAAGGCCACCGAUCCGGAUCAGGGCGGCAAGAGCAAGGUCUCCUACUCCAUAGACCGCUCCUCCGAUCGCCAGCGACAAUUUGCCAUCAAUCAGAAUGGUUCGGUUACCAUACAACGCUCGCUCGACCGUGAGGUGGUGCCCCGGCAUCAGGUCAAGAUCUUGGCCAUUGACGAUGGCUCGCCACCGAAGACGGCUACGGCCACGCUAACGGUCAUUGUGCAGGACAUCAACGACAAUGCGCCUAAAUUCCUCAAGGACUAUCGACCGGUGCUGCCGGAGCAUGUCCCGCCACGUAAAGUGGUCGAAAUUCUGGCCACCGACGACGAUGAUCGCUCGAAGAGCAACGGACCACCAUUCCAGUUCCGUUUGGAUCCCAGUGCAGAUGAUAUUAUACGCGCCUCCUUCAAGGUCGAACAGGAUCAAAAGGGCGCCAACGGCGACGGCAUGGCUGUUAUAUCCUCGCUGCGGUCGUUUGAUCGCGAGCAGCAGAAGGAGUACAUGAUACCCAUUGUGAUCAAGGACCAUGGCUCGCCCGCCAUGACAGGCACCAGCACGCUGACCGUGAUCAUUGGCGAUGUGAACGACAACAAGAUGCAGCCAGGCUCCAAGGACAUAUUCGUGUACAACUAUCAGGGCCAAUCGCCCGAUACGCCCAUUGGCCGUGUCUACGUUUACGACCUGGAUGAUUGGGACCUGCCCGACAAGAAGUUCUACUGGGAGGCCCAGGAGCAUCCGCGCUUCAAGCUGGACGAAGACUCCGGCAUGGUCACCAUGCGCGCCGGCACCCGCGAGGGCCGCUACCAUCUGCGCUUCAAGGUCUACGAUCGCAAGCACACCCAGACCGAUGUGCCAGCCAAUGUGACCGUGAUGGUGCGCGAGAUCCCACACGAGGCGGUGAUCAACUCGGGCUCGGUGCGCUUGUCGGGCAUCUCUGACGAGGACUUCAUACGUGUCUGGAACUAUCGCACCCAGAGCCUGAGUCGCUCCAAGCUGGACAGGUUCAGGGACAAGCUGGCGGAUCUCCUGAAUACGGAGCGUGAGAAUGUCGACAUAUUCAGUGUGCAGCUGAAGCGUCGCAAUCCACCGCUAACCGAUGUCCGCUUCUCCGCCCACGGCUCGCCCUACUACAAGCCCGUGCGGCUGAACGGCAUUGUGCUGAUGCAUCGCGAGGAGAUCGAGAAGGAUGUGGGCAUCAACAUCACCAUGGUGGGCAUCGACGAGUGCCUCUACGAGAACCAGAUGUGCGAGGGCAGCUGCACCAACUCGCUGGAGAUCAGCCCCCUGCCCUACAUGGUGAAUGCGAACAAGACGGCGCUGGUGGGCGUGCGCGUGGACACGCUGGCUGAUUGCACCUGUGGCGCGCGCAACUUCAGCAAACCGGAAUCGUGCCGCAGCACGCCCUGCCACAACGGCGGACGCUGUGUGGACACGCGCUUCGGCCCGCACUGCUCCUGCCCGGUGGGCUAUACGGGGCCGCGCUGCCAGCAGACGACGCGAAGCUUCCGCGGCAACGGCUGGGCCUGGUAUCCGCCGCUCGAGAUGUGCGACCAGUCGCACUUGAGUCUGGAGUUCAUAACCCGCAAGCCGGACGGCCUGAUCAUCUACAAUGGACCCAUUGUGCCGCCGGAGCGGGAUGAGAUGCUGAUCUCUGAUUUUAUAGCCCUCGAGCUGGAACGUGGCUAUCCACGGCUGCUCAUCGACUUCGGCUCUGGCACCCUGGAGCUGCGCGUGAAGACGAAGAAGACGCUGGACGACGGCGAGUGGCAUCGCAUCGAUCUCUUCUGGGAUACGGAGGAUGUGCGCAUGGUUGUUGACUUUUGCAAGUCGGCCGAGAUCAGCGAAAUGGAGGACGGCACGCCACCCGAAUUCGAUGACACCUCCUGCCAGGCACGCGGCCAGAUACCGCCCUUCAAUGAGUAUCUGAAUGUGAACGCCCCGCUGCAGGUGGGCGGCCUCUACAGAGAGCAGUUCGAGCAGUCGCUGUACUUCUGGCACUAUAUGCCCACAGCGAAGGGCUUCGAUGGCUGCAUCAGGAAUCUCGUGCACAACUCGAAGCUCUACGAUCUGGCCCAUCCAGGACUCUCGCGCAACAGCGUUGCCGGCUGCCCACAGACGGAGGAGGUGUGCGCCCAAACGGAGGCAACGGCUCGCUGCUGGGAGCACGGCAACUGCGUGGGCUCCCUGUCCGAGGCGCGCUGCCAUUGCCGGCCCGGCUGGACGGGACCCGCGUGCAAUAUACCCACGGUGCCGACGACCUUCAAGGCGCAGAGUUACGUGAAGUAUGCGCUCAGCUUUGAGCCGGAUCGCUUCAGCACCCAAGUGCAGCUGCGAUUCCGGACGCGCGAGGAGCACGGCGAGCUGUUCCGGGUGAGCGAUCAGCACAAUCGCGAGUACGGCAUACUGGAGAUCAAGGAUGCGCGCUUGCACUUCCGCUACAAUCUGAACUCGCUGCGCACCGAGGAGAAGGAUCUGUGGCUCAACUCGGUGGCCGUCAACGAUGGCCAGUGGCAUGUGGUGCGCAUCAAUCGCUACGGCUCCGCGGCCACCUUGGAGCUGGACGGCGGCGAGGGCAGGCGCUACAACGAGACGUUCGAGUUUGUGGGCCACCAGUGGCUGCUGGUCGACAAGCAGGAGGGCGUCUAUGCGGGCGGCAAGGCCGAGUACACGGGCGUGCGCACAUUUGAGGUGUAUGCGGAUUACCAGAAGAGCUGCCUCGAUGAUAUACGCCUGGAGGGCAAACACCUGCCCCUGCCGCCGGCCAUGAACGGCACGCAGUGGGGUCAGGCCACCAUGGCACGCAACCUGGAGAAGGGCUGCCCCUCGAACAAGCCCUGCUCGAAUGUCAUUUGCCCCGAUCCCUUCGAGUGUGUGGAUCUCUGGAAUGUCUAUGAGUGCACUUGCGGCGAGGGACGCAUCAUGUCGCCCGACUCAAAGGGCUGCAUGGAUCGCAACGAAUGCCUCGAUAUGCCCUGUAUGAACGGUGCCACGUGCAUCAAUCUAGAGCCGCGUCUGCGCUAUCGCUGCAUCUGCCCCGAUGGCUUCUGGGGCGAGAGCUGUGAGCUGGUUCAGGAGGGUCAGACCCUCAAGCUGAGCAUGGGCGCCCUGGCGGCCAUACUCGUUUGCCUGCUGAUCAUACUGAUACUCGUUCUCGUAUUUGUGGUCUACAAUCGACGGCGCGAGGCGCAUAUCAAAUAUCCGGGACCCGACGACGAUGUCCGCGAGAAUAUUAUCAAUUAUGAUGAUGAGGGCGGCGGCGAGGAUGACAUGACCGCCUUUGAUAUAACGCCACUGCAGAUACCAAUCGGCGGACCCAUGCCGCCCGAAUUGGCGCCUAUGAAAAUGCCAAUUAUGUAUCCCGUGAUGACGCUGAUGCCCGGCCAGGAGCCCAAUGUGGGCAUGUUCAUUGAGGAGCAUAAAAAGCGUGCCGAUGGCGAUCCGAAUGCCCCGCCCUUCGAUGAUUUGCGCAAUUAUGCGUAUGAGGGCGGCGGCAGCACAGCCGGUUCGCUUAGCUCAUUGGCCUCAGGCACCGACGAUGAGCAGCAGGAGUACGACUACCUCGGUGCCUGGGGUCCGCGUUUCGAUAAGCUGGCCAAUAUGUAUGGCCCCGAAGCGCCCAAUCCACAUAAUACCGAGCUCGAAUUGUAAGUCUCCCGCCAUAAAGUAAGAAGAGUAGCGAGGCAAAGCAGAAGAUCACGAGAUGCGUGAGGCAAACGCAGUUGAAUAGCCACAAAAGUUGCAUUUAAAAAUUCUACUAUUGAGGUUAGGCAAAAUCAAAUGGGGAAACGAUUUUCCAGCUCAACUCGAAACAACACAAAGAAGCGCAACCAAAGAAGUAUGGCAGAAAGAAAACUAAAAAGGAAACCUAAGUUAAACGAAAAACUAAACAAUGGAUAAGAUUAAACAGAUGAGAAAACACAUUUUAAAAAAUCAAACACAUUUGACACUUGAAAUGACAUUUGUAAAAAAUACUUCAUCAGCAUUUAAAUUUAACAAUUAUUAUAAUUAAUUUAUUAAGUGUGUGUAGAGAGAGAAAGAAAAAGAUAAAGUGAGAAAGAAACGCUAAAA